GUGUAGGACGAUCCGGCAACAGUCAGCUGAGAUCGGUCCUUGCCACCAGACCCUUGCGGCCGCUCCCUCAUUUUCCUUCAUUUUCCUUCCUUCGUGUCACCCGCAGCGCCCUCAGUACCUCAGCCAUGGCCCCCAAGCAGCGUAUGAGGCUGGCCAACGACAAGGCGGCCAAGAACGUGACGCAGAGAGGGAAUGUGCCCAAGACGACGAAAUCCGAAGAGGACAACUAUCCCGUGGGGCCCUGGCUACUCGGACUCUUUAUCUUCGUGGUCUGUGGCUCAGCCGUGUUCCAGAUCAUCCAGUCCAUCCGGAUGGGUUAGUCUGCUGGCCAGCGCUGCCACAGACCCCCCUCUCCGGCCUUCCCUACCCUUUUCCCACCCCGGACCCGCCCUGACUGCUCUCUCACGGACGCUCAAUCCUCGGCUGAACGCACACAUUCACGACUCUUUCCAUUUAAUAUUAAGACAUUUUAUUUAGGGUCAAACGCCUAAUACCUUUAACCUUAAGGAUCUUAGCUAUUUAAUUGGAUUUACCUCGUUUUUUGGAUUCUUUCGAGACACCGUAUGGUUUAACUGUGUAUAUUUGUAUAUAAGGAAUCUAUAUUUAUAUCAAAAUACAGCCCCCCUUGAAAGCCGAGUCAAGAUACAGCUCGGCAGUCUCUAUAAUAGUAAUUUUUCAUCACAUUGCCAAUAAAUUCAUAUGGGGUAAA